AAAGACUCAAUAUUUACUAAGUUGCAACCUUAUGAAUGGAGCGGGGAGAUGUCGCUAGGCGCAGUCAAGGUUAAAUAGCGUGGCGUCCAACCGGCUAAUCUUUUUGUAGCAGAGGAAGUAGCACAUCACCUUAUAUUCCCGAAGAUGCUGUGGACGUCAGACAAAACGUUGGAUGUGGCGCUAUAUGCCAUAGUGAGCUACAUAGUCGGGCAUUUGUUGAACUGUCUUGGCUUACCGAGUUUCUGGAUGGUGUUUACUGUGGCCUGGAUACUGUCUACUGGCACAUGCUUAUAUCUUGCAAGUCUUGAGAUAUCCCCGGAUAAGAAGGCAGUCAUCGUGACAGGGUGUGACAGUGGCUUCGGACACGAUAUCGCACUGCAGCUGGACAAACUGGGCUUCAGGGUGUUCGCAGGAUGUCUUCUGGCAGAUGCAGGAGGCCAGGGCGCCAAGGACCUGAGGGAAAAGGGGUCUGAGCGCCUCAAAGUCCUUCAGAUGGAUGUCACUUCGACCGAUCAGCUUGAAGAGGCACUGAAGGACGUCGAGAAGCUCCUUCCUGACGACGAAGUGCUGUGGGGAAUAGUCAACAAUGCGGGUAUUGCCUUCGUGGGCGCCGUGGAGUGGGUCUCUUUAGAGAAAUACAAGAGGACCGCAGAAGUGAACUAUUUUGGACUUGUAGCUGCUACGAAGACUUUCUUGCCUCUCAUCCGAAGGUCGAAGGGUCGCGUUGUGAAUAUCGCAAGUGUUCUAGGAGGCAUGGGCUUAGCUUGGUUCGGCUCCUACGGCGGCACCAAGCACGCUGUGGAAGGCUUUUCCGACUGUCUCAGACUGGAGAUGAGGAAGUUUGGCGUGAAAGUGUCCCAGAUCGAGCCUAGCAGUUAUCUCACAGCCACGCAGCUCCUGACGAAGGAAAGGAUAACCGGCCAGGCAGACGAAUGCUGGGAGGGCCUGAGUGAGGAAAUAAGAUCGGCGUAUGGCGAGGAGGCCUUCCGGAAAGCCUACGAAGGAUACAUGAACCAUGGGCAAGACAACAUCCAGCCGGUGGUGGACUCGGCGAUCGAAGCCCUGACGCAGAAGUACCCGAGAGCCAGGUACUGCCCUUCCAGCUGGUCGUACAGGUGGAUGCUCCUCGUUGCUCGACAUCUUCCGGAGUGGGUCUACGACAACAUUUUCUAAGGAGCGGGAAACGCGCGUAGAAUGGUGUUCGGUCGCGGAUGCCUGGUUCUGGUGAAUACUGAUUUGGAAAACUUUUGAGUUGUAGAUCGAUAUGAAGUGUUUCCUGAAGUAAUGAAGUGCGUACCUUUUUGUUUUAAGGACGAGUAGAACGUAAAAAAAUAAAUAGAUUCGAUCACUACACAAUUUGAACAGCUGAAGACAUGAACAAAUGCAACUCUUUACAAUAGCCUUCCUUUCUUAAAAACAUGUUUCCUAUCACUUAAAAGAGAUAAAACAAGCGGCAAACGAAAUGCAAUCGAUAUAAGUGAAGUGGAAACCCAUCGCUAGCUUUUGAUAAUAACAGUAAUAAACAGACCAAGCGAUCGUAGAUAUAAAAAAAAAUGCAAUAUCCCCAGGAGAACAAUAAGCUAAUAACCAUUUAUCCUCGCAAUUAAUCUAUUCGAAUUCACAGAGCUUUCGAUUCUAUAUAAUAAGAGGCAUUUUCUACUUAAUUCUACUUAAUUACCUAUUUUUCAUAAGCUUACAUUCAUGUGUAUGACAUUUUGAAAACGUGGUAAUGUGCUGUUAUCACAUCCACAUGUGUAUGUAAUGCGCUUUCGUAAGUCUGUGACGCUAUUCUUUCUCUGCAAUGCGUAUUCUUUUCUUAAUGUAUACUCUUAUUUUUAGAUUAUGUCUUUUAUGUUCACUAGAUGGCCUGCAGUGCUUCAUCUCUAUAGACUUAUUGUUAUCGGAACUUUUAAUAAAAAUUUCUAUAUGAC